AUGUUAAGUAUAUCAGCAAGAAUGAACCAACCAAAGACACAGAUUUUAAUAACAGGUAUCCCAAAGAUAAGAUUCACUAAGAAAUGGCCAGAAUCGCUGCAAUCCCAAUUAUUUGAAAAAUAUUUCCCUGAUUAUAAAGCUAAAUUAUCAUAUUUUACACCAUUACCAUUUAUGAGUAGAAUAAUAAUUAUUUUAGAUGAUGAAUCUUCUGCAAAGGACAUAUUUGACUAUUUAUCACCAAUAAUAACGAAUGAAGGGGACGAUAUGAAAAUAUUCUUGACAGAAUCCUUAUUAUUACCACGUUCUCGAUCCUUUGAUGAUACAGAUAAUAUACAUCAAACAAGAAGGAAAAGUUCUAUUGCUGAAUCGUUAUUAGAUUCUGGAAAGCCAAUCCUAUCGUUAGAUACAGAUCCAACUAUCACUGGUGUAAAUGCAACUUCGUUAUCUAUUGGUAGUCCCUCAUUGUCUCCCGAGACUGCAAACGUUGAUUGUCCAACAUUAUUAAAAUUUUCAAAUGAUUCAAAACCAUAUUAUUACAAAGAACCUCUACCCCAAUUUUCAUCUCAAACAAAUUUGACAUCUAUUAGUGAUAAUUCUUUAAGUCCGAGUAGCAGUGCGGUACAGACAACAUCAGAUAACCUUGGAGAUAAAAAGUCUACCUUUUUAAGGAUCGAUACAUCUAGUACAUCUGUGACAAAUCAGAAAAAUGAUGGAUUGUCAACCCCAAAGAGUCCUUCGAUUACUAUCAAUCAAUUUGUUCAAUGA